AUGGAGGAAACAAUAGCCGAAUUACGACGUCAGAUUGAAGAACAAGGAAGGCUGCGAGAAGCGGCAGAGCGCCGUGAGGAGGAGGAGAGACAGGCGCGAGAAGAGGCAGAACGCCGUGAGGAGGAAGAGAGACAGGCGCGAGAAGAGGCAGAACGCCGUGAGAAGGAAGAGAGACAGGCGCGAGAAGAGGCAGAACGCCGUGAGGAGGAAGAGAGACAGGCGCGAGAAAACGCUGAACGUCGAGUGCAACCCAACUCCCUGUUUCGCCUCCUCGAUCGCUGCCACAAUUCUCUCUCCCAAGCGAUCCGAGUUGAGGCAGAUGCCACCCUUACUACUCAGGGCGACGCGGCCAAUCCAGUGAACCGACUCUACCCCAAGCACAUCGUCCUUUGGCGUGACUUCCCCCAACUACAGGAACAGAUCUGGGACAAAUUCGACCGUAAUAAUGCCUUUUCCACGCGCCCACUAUUCCCCUCUGAUACCCAAAUCGAUUAUGUCGUCACGAAUAUCCAGAACAGACCAAUCUAUUCGGAAGCGUCUCUUCGGAAUUUUGAGCGAGACACGGUGGACAACUUUGUUGAAAAGGUCAUUGAGGUUUUGCGAGACGAUGGGCCCCUUCGAGAUGAGUUUGGAAUCCAAGGCCGAGUCACCUUCUAUGAUCGCGCAAACCCGUCGGAAACUUCGCUCGAGAACAGCCUAGAGCAAAUGAAUCUCGAGGACGCGCGGACACCCCAACGACCGGCGAACCCGAGGCGUGGAAGAGGCCGAGGACGAGGAAGAGGAGCCACGCGGAGACAGACGAGGGAUGGCACUGCGCGACGACGCAAUCGGCGCGCCGACCAGUUCUGCGUGCACCUUGUGGCGGAUGAACGGCAAUUACCCGUGUAUGCAGUGGAGUUCAAAGCGCCGCACAAAGUGACGAUCCCCGAACUGGUGGCGGGUCUACACCCGAUAGAUCUGGAUCGCGAUGUCAUUGACCAAGAGGGCAACACGUUUGAAUUCUAUGCCACCCGCCUGGUCGCGGCCGUGGUCACUCAGAUAUUCUCAUACAUGAUCGACAGUGGCGUUCGAUACGGCUACAUCUGCACCGGGGAGGCUUUCGUUUUCCUUCGUAUCCCACAGGAUGAUCCCACCAUUAUUCAAUAUUUCUUGUGUAUCCCUAAUCAGGAUGCGCAGGCGGAUGUGCAGGCGGACGAUGAAAUGCGCCUCCACCGGACUGCCAUCGGUCAGGUGCUUGCGUUCACGCUUCAAGCGCUGGCCGUCGAACCACCGACUCAGAAAUGGCACGAUGUGGCACACGACCAGCUAACAACCUGGAAGGUCGAAUAUCUCGACGUGCUGAGAGAAAUCCCCGAGACUCUCCGUAAAGACCCGCCGGCGUCUGAUUAUCGGCCCUCUCACUGGAAACCGGAUCGGAAAAUACACAACACACGCGCUCGCGCUCGCGCGCGUUGUCAACCGGGCGCAUCGGCACCGAAGCAUUCGUCCACUGAAGGCAGCGGCAGUGAUCAAGAAUCGCUUUCGCCAACCGCCGCAGCCGCGUCGCGCAUCCGAUCGAGCCGCGGCCAAGGCAACCACCGCCAAUCAACCCGGGAAGGUGAAAGGCCACGAGCCAGCCGAGACCAUAAACAGACCUCUCGGCAAGACGGACCUUCUACGCGACCAUACUGCACCAUUGCGUGCAUCCGCGGCUUGGCUAACCGAGAACCACUGGAUAAGAAUUGCCCCAACUGGGAACUCCACGGUGGUCGGAGACACUCCAUCGGACCGCAGGAGUUCACACGCCAGCUCCAUCGUCAACUGGCCCGAGAUCGGGAACUUGGAUUCGAACAGCUGCACGUUUGUGGUCGGACAGGAUAUCUCAUCAAAGCCACCCUCCUUUCCCGCGGAUACACGGUGAUCAUGAAAGCAACGACUGUGGAGAAGCAGCAUCGCCUUCGAACGGAAGUGGACAAUUAUCACCGGCUCCGGAACUUGCAGGGACAAUACAUCCCUGUCUGUCUUGGGGACUUUAAGCCUCGUGUUGCAUAUUGGUACCACGGUAAGUUAAUGGCGCAGAUGAUGAUAUUGAGCUGGUCUGGAACGCGGCUUCAGCAUGCCAUCAAUGAUGGGAACUCCCACUUCUUUCAGCAAGAGCGCGACAAAGCUCUGACCGUGCUUCGGUCGCGUGGAGUCAUCCACUGCGACAGUGAGUGGCGUAAUAUGCUGUGGGAUGACCUGAGUGGCCGCUUGGCUGUCACCGACCUGGAGGAUGUGAAAUGGUUGAAGCGCGCUAGGGCCCUUGAAUCCGUCUCUGCGAAUACACGGCGUACUCGCUGCGUCAGAGCGGUGAAAUAUAAACCCGGCUUGGAAAGGGUGGAAAGGGUGGAAAUUCCGCAACACGGCAGCACCUUAAGCUUGUAA